CAGACGGACAUACACACACUCUCACCCCGUGACUGUCCCCGGGAUGCUAACAUGCUAGCCGCUGUCAGUUAGCACCAGGAAAGCUAAUUUACACCUUUAAUAACGUCUCCAGGUGGCAGGAUGCUAAGCUACCAGGCUAAUAAACCAGUAUUAGCUGCUGUGUGUGUUUCUAACCAGACGUUGUGUGCGUUAUCUGUGUUUAUAACCGAAUAUUUAGCCUGCUAUCAGUCUGUUUUCUGACACAUCAACAGCUAGCUAGAGCUGCGGCUAGCCGUUAGCAUGCUGCGCUAACGCCCCCGGCACUGAUGUGUCCCCCACCCGGCCCUGACAGCCACCUGAGCGACACCCCGCCGACCCGCCGUGCCGCCCUCACCUGCAUCCGGUGGAAUUCCUCCUCGGACAGAGCCUGCGACAUGGCCAUGGUUCCCGGGCUGCCAGCUAGCAGGCUCGGCUAGCGGAGGAGACGGAGAGCCGCACAGAGGGACGGACAGGCAGGAGGUCUCACUCCGAGGAUGAUUCUGAGGACCGGAGGCAGCCAGGCAGUGUCACUCUGACCCUGUUUACUGGACCAGGUGUCUGAGGACGUGGACCUGCUGUCUGAGGACGUGGACCUGCUGUCUGAGGACGUGGACCUGCUGUCUGAGGACGUGGACCUGCUGUCUGAGGACGUGGACCUGCUGUCUGAGGACAUGGACCUGUUGUCUGAGCUGCUGUCCCACCUGGAGGCUGCCGACCAUCUGGAGGUGGAGCAGCAGUACAGCAUGGUGCGUUCACAGUCCGUGGCGUUAAAGAGAGAACUGAGUCUGAGCAGUGAAGCCGGAGCUCUGAAGGAGAACAUCAAGAAGAACCGCUACAAAGACAUCUUGCCCUACGACCAGUCUCGGGUUAUUUUAUCUCUGCUGACAUCAGACUCUGACUCUGAUUACAUCAACGCCAGCUUCAUCCAGGGGGCAUCCUCCUCCUCCCCCUACAUCGCCUGUCAGGGUCCUCUUAGCUCCACUGUGACUGAUUUCUGGAGGAUGAUCUGGCAGCAUGAAGUAAAGGUGAUAGUCAUGGCCUGCAGGGAGGUGGAGAUGGGGAAGAAAAAGUGUGAACGUUACUGGACUGAAGCUCAUCAGUCGACGUCAUUCGGACCUUUUACCGUCACAAACGUGGAGGAAACUCGACCCAAUGAAGACGUGGUGAUCAGAGAACUGACAGUUUCUUACCUGCAGAUGAGCCGUUCUCUGAUCCAGUAUCAGUUCUUAUCGUGGCCGGAUCACGACGUUCCCUCUGAGACUUCUGGAGUUCUGGACCUGCUGGACCGAGUCAGGACCAGCCAGGGGACGCACAGCUCCCCACUGUUGGUACACUGCAGUGCCGGCUGUGGGAGGACUGGAGUCAUCUGUGCUCUUGACUACAUCCAUGACCUGCUGGUUACCAAGCAGCUGACGGCAGACUUCAGCAUCAUGGACGUUGUGUUGUUUCUCCGCAGACAGAGACCAUCAGCUGUUCAGACGAAGGAACAAUAUCUGUUCAUCUUCACCGCCGUCAUCUCCAUGUUCAAGAACUUCCUUCAACCGUCGGCCUCUGAGCUCUACAACAUCUCCCAGGUGGAACUACCAACCUCAGAGCCGAAGAAACCACAGAAGAAAAACUCAAUAGCAGCUUCUUCCACCAACAGACGGUCGAAGCAGGUUGAGAUGAACGAUACGUACGCUGUGGUCAACAAGCCCCGGCAGCCCCUCCCACCACCGUCAGGCCCCGCCUACUCUGUGGUCAACAAGCCCAAGUCCAGCAGGACGAUGCCGGCCUCCCAUCACUAUGACAAUGAACCCUCCGGAGCCCCAGCAGCUCCCAUCUACAGCACUGUCAAACCACGAGCGAGUCCUCACAGCUUCCCCAGGUCGACCACACCCAUCUAUGACAUCGCAGCGCCGUCCAGUCAGAGGCCCAAUGAGGGGCGGGACUAUCACCUGGUGUCGGCUGAACAUCUUUCCCUGUCUGAUAACGACUACGAAGAUUUCUCCUCUUCAGUCUCAGACGUGACCAGUUUCUGCUCACCUGGAAGUAUUGGGUUUAACUGUCGUGUUCAGAAGCCCAGAGGACCCAGAGAUCCUCCAGCUGAGUGGAGCCGACUGGAGAGAUGAACUGGUUUAACUGGCCUUUACUGGUUUCCAGUGGACUGAACUAGACUGAACCAGUGCCUGAAGAGAAAGAGAUUAUUUAGAAUUUGUGUUUGGCUUAAAUAUUUUUGAUUUACCAACACAUUAAUGGAUGUCAGGUCUUCUAAACUACAUUUAACCUCCUCAACCUGGUGUUUUAUUGUCUUUAGGAUGAUGAUUCUUCACUGUGUGCCAUUUAAAAGUGCAAAGACAUGUUUUUAUAUGAUUUCUUCAUUUUAUGACACAAGCAGGCAUUAAACCAAAUAUUAAAAAGAAAUGACAAACCUAUCUUGCCUUCAUUUGUAGGAAAUGUGACCCCAAUAAAUUAACUUUUGACAAUAACAAAAA